GCUUACAUGUAGGGUAUUUUGCUCUACGCUGUUCAUUCAUUCUCUCAAAAAGUCCCAGUUGUGCACAGAGGGAAGUUUACGCGCCGUCUCAGAACAGAGGCCUCGAUCGAGACGCCUGUUUCUCCAUCGAAUUUAUAGUGAAAGUGAGGCUUGUAGCGUGAAACCACCGGGAAGUGCCCAUCUUUUAUUUCUUAGUACAUGUUGAAUGUGAUAGAUCGAGAGAGAUGCACUGAUACCUGAACAAGGGUAGUUAUUAGAGUGUAUAUACUUAUUCAGUCUGAUCCUACAAUAUAUGUAGCUGGCUCUAGAAGCAACGUAAAGCUGGACAGAGCGUCUAAACCUUGAUUACCCGUCAGCUGCACAUAGGCGACUGUUAGGCCCUAUUGAACUCUUAACUUUGACAAAAAUUUCCUGCCAAUCGCCAACGGUGCCAUGGAGAACAGCAAUUCAACAGAGGAAUCGGACUCUGAAAGUGAUAUGUCCUUUAAAGUGAUCAUGAUAGGGAAGUAUGGAGUAGGAAAAAGUUCAUUAUUCCGUCGGUUCAUGAAGCAGGGUUAUAGUGGAGCCAUAACCAGGAAAGACACUAUAGGAAUGGAUCACUACAAGCGAAC